UGGCCUUAGAGCUGCCGCUCGCGCCUAGUGUAGGGUUUCGAGUCUUUGCCAUUCGCUCCGUAGAUCCUAGAGCCGGGCUGGACUCCGACGUCCUGUCUGCACUUCCCGCACCUCCCGGCCUGGUGAGAAACUGAGGUGACUUCCUUAUCUCUUUUACAGCUCUAGGAUCUUGGAUAUGGACCUUCUUCAGUUCCUGACCUUCGUCUUUGUCGUGCUAUUGUCUGGGACAGGAGUUACAGGCACCCUGAGGACCUCCCUGGACCCAAGCCUGGAGAUCUACAAGAAGAUGUUUAUGGUGAAGCGGCGGGAGCAGCUGCUGGCACUGAAAAACCUGGCGCAGCUAAACGAUGUCCACCAGCAGUAUAAGAUCCUUGACGUAAUGCUCAAGGGGCUCUUUAAGGUGCUGGAGGACUCGCGGACAGUGCUCAUUGCUGCCGAUGUGCUCCCAGAUGGGCCCUUCCCCCAGGACGAGAAACUGAAGGAUGCUUUCUCCCAAGUAGUGGAGAAUACAGCCUUCUUCGGUGACGUGGUGCUGCGCUUCCCGAGGAUUGUGCACCACUACUUUGACCACAAUUCCAAUUGGAACCUUCUCAUCCGCUGGGGCAUCAGCUUCUGCAACCAGUCGGGCGUCUUUGACCAAGGGCCCCACUCGCCCAUCCUUAGCCUGAUGGCCCAGGAGCUGGGGAUCAGUGAGAAAGACUCUGACUUCCAGAACCCAUUUAAAGUAGACCACCCAGAGUUCAUUUCCAGCACUGACCCUUUCCAGAAGGCCCUGAGGGAGGAGGAGAAACGCAGGAAGAAAGAGGAGAAGCGGAAAGAGAUCCGAAAAGGCCCGCGGAUCUCGAGGUCCCAGUCUGAGUUAUAGCCGGGAGUGGCCCAGGGCUCAGGGGGCCAGGAGGAGACCAGUCUGGAGGAAGAGGCAGAGGCAUCAACUGGCGGUGAGAGCCAGCUCUGUGAAAGGGGAGGCGACGUUUGCUCAGCCCCCCUGGAGCCGGCUCUGUGCCCUAAUUGAAGUGACUGGGCCACGGAAGGCUGGAUUUCCUUCCUGGGGCCUUCCUGGAGGCGUGGGUGCCAAGGAGGCCUUCAGAGGAUGCCAUGCUGCAGAUCAAGCCACGUUGAGAUGUGGGGGGAGGCUGGAAGGAUCCUGGGCCGGACCCUCCCUUUGAGUUAGGACCGCUGGCCAGCUGGCUGCCGCCUUUCACGAGGAGGCAGCAGAAUCAGACCCUGGGCCACUCGUGGAAGUGCCACGCGUGCUGCUGGCCCCACUGUGGCACUGAGCUGCUCGGCACCGGUCCCAGCCCCCUGCAGACACAGGAGAAGCCAGCAAGUCCUCUGGGCUAACCGAGGCUGAUUUGGGCCCCAGGGUGCUGGGAGCCCUUUCAUGGGGCAGGGGCCUGGGUGGGAGGGGGGGACGAGAGGUCCUCACAGACAGAGAGACUACCUUAGAGGGUGUUUCCACCUCAUCAGGAGGAGCGCCAGGCCCUAGCAGGGCAGCGAAGCAGGGGCUUGGCUUAGGCCUCCUCUUCCCCUUCUCAGCACCGUCCUUCAUGAAGGGAGUGUCCCGGGAGGGUGUUUAGCCAAAGACCUUAGAGCAACAUGAUCUCUGUCCUCAGACCUCUGGGGACAGUCCGAGAGCAGGUGCAGGGUGGACUCAACUUGUCCCCUCUGGCAACUCUAGGAGAUCCCUGGCCUAUGGGCAGGGGCUGCUGGGCAACGGGCUGUAGCUCUGCAGGAGGCUGUGCUUUGUAAAGGCAGAGCUGCCGCAGGCUGGAUGGUGAGGCUGCGAGCUCCCCGUAGCAGAGAGCAGUGGCGGCAGAGCAGGGGGGGCAGCUGCCCUUUAAUAAUGCUCCUCCCAGGCAGAGGAGGGAAAGGCUCUGGUGGGAAUUCUAGUUUCGUCUCUUUGACCUUGCCACGCCAGGUCUGCCCCCUUAAAAGGGGAGAGACACAUGAGCAUCCCAGAAUCCCCCAGCCGCUCACCACUGACAGGGCUGUGAGGAGAGACCUGAGUCUUGUGUCAGCCCCUCAGACUCGCUGACUGACCCUGGCCCAGCCCGUCCCUGUGCUGUGGCUUCACUGGCAAAAUGAAUUUGAUAAUGUCUGAACCCUCCCCGGCCCUAAACUGCUUCUCUGAGGCUGGGUCUGGCUUCUCAGUGACCGAUGCCCUUCUCUGAUGGUCCCCCCCACCAUCCCACAGGUUUGCUGAGCACACCUGUAUGCGCAGCUAAAGAGAAGGACCCAGUCUUACCUGUCUUCACCUCUGUCCCAUCUGGCACCCCCAUCCUCCUAGGCUCUUCCUUCUGCGUCUCCAGCCUCUUCAUCUUGGUUGAUUUCCUUCCUCUCCAUCCUCAGAUGGGCCCAAGUUUUCCCAUCUGACACCUUCAAAGAAACAGGCAGAACCACUCUGCUCUCCCCCUCUCUCCUUCCCUUUGAUGCCAUUGUUGAUUGUUGUUACUUGUUCCUGGAAUUCCACCUUGCGUCUUACGCAGGCAGAGCCUUCCCACCUCAAGGCCCGAGGGCACUUGUUUGUCCAGCUUUCUCUCAAGCAAAGUGCCAUCAACCAGAUGCACCAGCCUGUGUGGGAGUUGUGCUGGUGAAGGUAGUGGCCACUGGGACCAGAGGUAGCGGGGGGUCAGGAGGUGGGGGCGUUCUAGUGGCCAGAUCAACACCAAGGGUGCCCAGUGGUGACAACAGUGAGGUCUUCGGUGGUGUUUUCAGCACGGUCUAGGCUAUUCCUGUCUGCUGAGCUUCCAAGUUCAUCUCAGGCACCGCUGAAGAGUCUGGGAGCUAGCUCCUCUGUAUCCUGUGAGGCAGGAUUUCUCAGCAGUGGCACUAUUUACAUUUAGGGCCAGUGUGCUUAUGAGGAUGGCUGUCCUGUGUGCUGUGAGGACACUUAGCAGCGUUCUUAGCCCCUGCCUGCCAGGUGCUAGUAGCCGUCUCCAGACAUUACCACGUGACCCCUGGCGACAAAAUCUCCUUGGUCCACAGCACUUGUCCCUCCUUAUCCAAGCCCUACAUCUUCCUCGGCUGAGAUGCUAUUGGAAGCUCCUUGAGAUGCUCCUUCCAGGCUUCUGGGCUGCCAUGUUGUCCUGGUUCUCUGCCCUUGGUCUCCAUCUGCUCUGUCUCUUCCGGAUUCCUCUUUCCGUACCCACCCCGUAAGUGAAGAGUUUUAGAUUAGUCUCUCCUCUCUGCUCUUCUCUGCUGGGCACCUGCAUCCUCUGAGAGACCCCAAAGCUGAUUGACCCUCUUGCCACUGAUAAUCCUCAGUCCUCAGGUUUCAGCUUAUCCAAAACCAAACUUGGCAAUUUCCCAUCCCCAGGCCUGAUCUCUGUGUCAAUCCGUGGGGUACAUGUUCUUGCCUAACGCUGGAGGAAGUGACAACUAAAUCCUGAAAGGUUGGGGGCGGAGGGAGAAGGUGACAAGGCACUGUGAGUGGGGGCCUGAAAAGGGAGGCAUCAAAGGUACUCAGUGAAAAAGCACGUGCAAAGUUCUCUUCUGUGACCUGUAGUUACUGCCCAAUCUGUGGUUGAUCUCUGGCUCUAUGGUCAUCUGGUCCCUCCCUUUCCAGAUGAAGAACCCAGGUCCUGAGGAGUGACUUGUCUAAGAUUGCUCCACUCCCGAGAGCCAGUCUCUGUUCUCCCAGCCAGGGCAAGGUGCCAACUGGGAGAGACGUUCAGGUAGGUGGGAUCCAGGGCCACAGGGACAAUGCCAGUGUUUUGCUGGGGCUCGGUGCGGUGCAGCCACACUUUUUCUGCAGUUUCUACCGAGCCUUCAUUUGCGCUCCCUCUGGCCACUUUAUUAGGCCCCACAGCUUCUAGGCAAGUCCAAUAGCGAGUUGUGGGGACAGCACGGAGUGGGAGGUGCUGUGCCUGACCUGCUACUUCGGUUGCCCUCUGCAGGGGGUUACUCGGGCUUUGGGUUGGGAAACCACUGGACCAAACUGAGUUAUGGUAGGGCAGGAGACAGUCAGCCCUCGGCGUGGGGAGCCCUGUGAGAGGCUGUGCGAGGUGCAGCCCAAGGUGGCCCUGCCCAACUCCAUGCCUGGUCCCGGGCAGGGCAUCAGGAUUUGGUGUUUUGUUUCAGGGUGAGACUGCUAGGUGUAGACCGCAUGGAAACUCUUGUGCAUAUAAACAGUGAAGAAACAUUCUUGUCCUUUGUUCCCCCCAAAAUAAGUCGCUGUUUUUUUCUUAUGUUAUACGUGUUCAUUAUAAGAAGUGACUUAAACAAUAGUGAAACACCAAGAAGAAAAUGAAAUUCACCCUAAGUCCAACCACUCCCAUAAUCAUGACUGACAACUCAGCUGUUGGGCCUUCCAGCCUUUUGCCCUUCAUGUGAGCACAUAGAUCCCUAUUUUCUCAAUUACAGUGGCUACUUGUACGGCACGUACUAUAUGCCAGGCCUUAUGAGACCGAUGCAGCAGCCCCUCCUGCCUCAGAGCAUUUGUCCAUAUCAUCUGUUCCCCUGGCUACACCAGACAUGAUUCCUCAAAAUUUUAGGUUUCAUCUUAAAUGUCAGAGUCAUUUGACAUUUUACUGACAACCUAAGUUAGGUCCUUUGUUAGUUUUGGCACACCCAUUACUCUCUCUUGAUUACCUGUACCUUCUCUGCUUUCUAUUUGUGUUUAAUGUCUGUUCUCUUCACUAGACUGGAAGCUCUCAGAGGGCAGGAAUUGCCUGUCGGGAAUGUUCAAUAAAUAUGGUCAAAUGAA